UAAAAUAUAAACAUUACUAUCAUGAAAAAAUUAAAUUAAAAAAUUUACUAACUAAUUUAAUUUUAUUUGGUUGGUCGAACUUUGCCCUAAAUCAGACGAUUGCAGUUCCCUCACCUCUACAACCAUACAACUCCCCAAUCACAGUCUGAAUCGAAGUUCCAAUCACGCUGUAGAAAUGGUGCCCUCUUUCCUAAAGGUUUUAAGUUUCUAGGGUUUGUUUUCUAUGCCUUUAACUUCGUAAUCGAAUCGGGUGUUAGCUGAACAACGUAGUUUCUGCAAAUUUUUUUGUUGUCAAUUUAUUGACGACGAUGGCGGAUAGGAGGUAUAGGGUGAGUAGCAGGGGUGGGUCCCGGUCACCUCGGCGACACUCGCCCGGGUCUCGUGAUUAUAUUCCUUCAAAGCGUGGAGAAUAUUCCCCCGAUACUCGUCGUGGGAGAGAGGAAUAUUCUCGUGAGGCCGAUAAAUCACGAAGAAUCAACAGAAGUGACCAUUUCGAAAGGGAUUCCGCUCCGAGGUUUACAGAGUACGAUAGCAGGGAUAAGGAUAGAUAUGUGGUUGGUGGUAGGCAAUAUAGGAGCCGGAGCCCAUCGAUAAUCGAGAAACGGGGUAGUUUCGGUAGGGAUUAUGAAGAUGCAAGUAAAGGUAGAUUUAAGGAUAAGGGUUCCGUUGGGCGUCCGAGUAUUGAUUACCAGGGUUCUUAUAUUGGUGGUGAUUCGAGUUUAAUGAAGUUUCAAGUGGAUCGCCUUAUAGAUGGGCCAAGAAAAUCGGAUCAUCCCAGCUUGAAGGAUUAUAGCCAAGCUCGUCACUACAAUGGUGUUGGUGAUACUAAAGUCACUAGUGGUGGAGAGAGGGAUUAUUAUCCGGGUAAUCAUUACUCGGAAUCGGGUCGACCCGGAUUACCGUCGGAAUCGCAGUAUCUGGAUAGGGUCAAGCCCGUCCCCCUAGAAUACGAGAGGGGGAGAAUGACGCACCCUCGUUCUUACAGAUUGGGUGAUGGUGGUGUUGAACGUAUACCCGCAAGUAAUUUCGGUGGUGGCAAUGGUAGCAGCAGCCAGAUGCCAUCUGUGGCAUCACGGUAUUUGAACAAUACCGAUACUGAUAAAUCGAGAUACGUUCAUUUCCGGGACGAACUUGCUACGGAGAAAAAAUACGGUGGCUUGCCCGAUCGAGAAUCUCACCCUUUUGAAAAGAAAAACGAUACCAAAACAGAAGGAAGAGAAAUAUACAAAUUCAAGAAAGAAGACGACCUUCUUUCUUCACGAGGCUAUUUGAAGGGAGAUUCCGACUAUAUGGCAUCAUCGUCAUCUCAGCCUAAGGAUUAUGUUCCGUAUUCAUCACGGAUUUUGAGGGAGGGGUUUAAAAGUUACUCCGGUAGUAGAGAACUUAAUACGCCGUCUGAUGUGAUUCGAGGAGGGAGUGGAUUGGCUUCUCAGCCUAUUGGCUUCGAUAGAUACAGUGAAGAGAAGCAAAACAUGUUCUCAAGGAGUAACUCAAGAUUAAGUAUUGGGUUGCCCGAGGAGAAGCAAAGAGACGAGCUGUAUGCAGGAUUUGGUCGAAGCAAAAUAAGGGGUAUGAGUACAAGGAUCAAUGAUGUUGAAAACGAAUACAAAGACGAGUUUGUUUAUCCUUCACCUUAUAGCUUCUCUCCUACCGAGUACUUGCAGUCGACAUCUGAUAAAUUUGAUGCUAGUGGAUCUGUGCGUGUUAAAAGGCAAGAUCUAGAUAUGUUGGGUAAUGAGAGCUCUCUCCUCAAUUAUGGAACUGAAGAAUAUUCUGGAUAUGGAAUUGAUAGAACUGAGGCGGAUCGUUUUGAAAGAUCGGAUAUCUUACAACCGAAAGCAUACGACCCCUCGUUUGGCAGACUUUAUGAGAGCUUCGAUGAACCCUCUGAGAAGAGGUUGAGACACAAACAUGUGAGGGAUGAACUGUUGUCCGAGCACGAUGCCGGGAUCAGAAUAUCCACUGACAGGAAUGGUGCUAGGAAGAUUUACAACCACCAAGUAAAUGCAGGAGAUGAAAUUGAUCUUUUAAAUUUGUCGAAGAAGAAGCCCAAAUAUAGCGAAUCUAUCUACGAGGAAAAUGACCGGCCAGCCUCUUCAAAACGGCGUUCGGUCAAAACCCGUUUAUCUGAUUCUAGAGACGUGAAGGAUCGAUUGGGACCACUUCCUCAAAAGCUGCACGUUUUCCAGCGUUUGGUGAGAAAAAAUAAGCCUUCCAUAAAGAAGCGUUUGGCACCUGCCCCAACAAAUAAACGUUCUCUUCCAUGGGUGAAAAAUCGGACUAGUGACAGAAUUACGACAAUCCAAGAUGAUUCGGAUGUAAUUCCUCACGAGCUUGGUGGGGCCCACUUGGAAGAUGAUCUUCCUCGUGCGAAGCCUGAGCCUUCGGAGAAGUCUCGGGACUUCAAGCAGAUGAUGAAAAGCGCGUUUUUCAAGUUUCUGAAACAGAUGAAUGAGACGCAGACGAGAAGAAAGAUGUACACGGAGCGAGGAGAAGCUGGUAGUUUAAAGUGCAUUGUAUGCGGCAGCGACUCGGACGAGUUUGUAGAGACAGAAAGCUUGGCAAUGCAUGCGUUUACGUCGAAAAAGGCUGGCCUUAGAUCUCAGCAUUUAGGGUUGCAUAAAGCACUCUGUGUGCUGAUGGACUGGAAGUUUCCGGAAGAUUCGAGCAGUGAGUGGCACUGUGAGCCCAUUUCCAGUGCCGAGAGUUCCGCUUUGAAACAAGACAUCAUUAUUUGGCCCCCAGUCGUGAUUGUUCAUAACACUACCGAUGAAGGGGUUGUUCUAUCGACCGAAAACCUGCAUAUGAAACUCACAGAAAUGGGAUUCCAAAGCAUUCUUAAAGUAAGCAAUGGAGAACCUGCAAAUCAAAGUACGAUGGUGGUGAAAUUCAACGCUACACUUUCUGGAUUACAAGAAGCAGAGAGAUUGCACAGAAACUAUGUUCAAUCGUCGGAGAGAGAAAAGGAAGAUCUUUUGUACGCUCAUCUGGGAAUUGCGGAGGAUCUCGAUAAACUCGACUCCGACACCAAGAAACGGUGUCUUUUGAAGAGCAAAAACGAGAUUCUCACCAUUGUGGAGAAUUGUUAAUGCUAGGUGAAAUAUAAUUUGUUUGGUUGGAUGUAAAAUGCUAGGUUGAAAUACCAAAUUACUUUACAUUAGUAGCAUUUUAUUUCCAACCAAACAAAUGGAACUAUUUUUACCUCGUACUUUGUCCAGUCAAUUGUUUUUCUUGAUAUAAUCGUAGUCUUGGUGUUUUGGAUUUUG